CAUGGGGGGUGGGGAGGGUGCUCUGAUACUGGUGUGGGUAAUGAGAUGUCCAAUGCUGGCAGAGGUGUCACAGACUGAAGGGCUGGAGGGCUCAGCCCUCCAAUUCCUGGCGGACCCGUGAGGUCCCGAUGGGGUGCCGGAUGCAUACGCGUCCGCUGUAUGGAGAAACUUCACCUCAGGAGAAACUGAGGCAGGAGACCAGGCUUAAUUCCAAAUCUUAACCUAUACUUCAACUACCAGCUCAUUUCCAAAAAAAAAAAAAAAAAAAAAAAAAGGAGGAGGAAGAGGUAGAAGAAGGUGAAAGAGAAGGAACAGAAGAAGAAAAGAAAAACUUUGAAGGUCCGGAACAAGAAGGGCGCCAAAAGAUCUUGAAUCACCAACCGCUGCCACCUGCCGGAAGCCACUGCUUGGGCGUGUUUCUCCAGCUGGAGAGAGGCAUAUCCCGUGAGCUCGCGAGCGCAUCCCGUGAGCCCGCGGGCGUUCGAGGACUACGACUCCCGGCAUGCUCCGAGGCCUCUGGGGUUAACCCUUCGGGACCCGCAGCCUCCCAGCGCCCCGCCUCCGCCCUUACCUGGAUCCCGCAGGAGAUGGGUGCCCCCAUCGGCACACUGUCCUUUGGCCACCGGACAUCAUGCCUCCCAAGAAGGAUGUUCCUAUGAAGAAACCAGCAGGACCCUCUAUUUCCAAGCCUGCUGCCAAACCAGCAGCAGGGGCUCCUCCAGCCAAGACCAAGGCUGAGCCAGCACCAGCACCAGCUGUCCCUCCAGCCCCUCAGAAAACCCAGGAGCCCCCCAUCGAUCUCUCCAAAGUGGUGAUCGAGUUUAACAAGGACCAGCUGGAGGAGUUCAAGGAGGCCUUUGAGCUGUUUGAUCGAGUGGGGGAUGGCAAGAUCCUGUAUGGCCAGUGUGGGGACGUGAUGAGGGCCCUGGGCCAGAACCCCACCAACGCCGAGGUGCUCAAGGUCCUGGGGAAUCCCAAGAGUGAUGAGCUGAAGUCCCGGCGUGUGGACUUCGAAACCUUCUUGCCCAUGCUCCAGGCGGUAGCCAAAAACCGGGGCCAAGGCACAUAUGAGGACUACCUGGAGGGCCUUCGGGUGUUUGACAAAGAGGGGAACGGCAAAGUCAUGGGAGCAGAGCUCAGACAUGUCCUCACUACCCUGGGAGAGAGGAUGACCGAAGAGGAGGUGGAGACUGUUCUGGCAGGACAUGAGGACAGCAAUGGCUGCAUCAACUACGAAGCCUUCCUGAAGCACAUCCUAAGCGUCUGAGCUCUACUGGUACGGCCCUCCCACUCCGACUGGGGAGAUGCAGUGGGGCCAGACACUGCCCCUCCCCCCCUUCCCCGGUAGGCGGAAGCACGUUCCUGCCACUGGGAGGCCACCUAUUGUUUCAAAAUAAAGACACAGUUCA